AUGUCUCUAUUGACCUGGAUCUCCCUAUCGAGCGAUCGCAACAGACUACUAGUAAUGCUCGUUGUUACAACCCCUGAACAAGCCUCCAUCCUCGGUGACCGUGCAGUGGUAAUUGACGAUCCCGGAGCACAGGAUACAAUCGAAGAAGAAACUGACGCGACCGAUAUCUGUCAUACCAAACUCGAGAAGUUGGUGUAUUUGUUGUACAUAUACGUCUGGACCGGAACUCCGAAGGGAAGUCUUCUUAAACAUCGCGGGCUCUACUGGGCCAUCGAAGCGAUGUCUGUUUUCCCGGCAAAGGCGACAAACGCUGACACGGAUGAGUAA